UUCGCUAAUACAGUAAUCGGGUUUUCCUCACUGCGAAAAAAUGAAGGCCAUAUAUACUCUUGUCUUCACAUUGGUGGUCAUCUUUAAAUCUAUUGAAUCAAGUUCAGAACCGUUAAGUGGUAGUGAGGAACGCCGAUUGCGCCUGGAAAGGUUGAUGUUUCAAGAGUUCGGCUAUGCCCCAGCAUCAUAUCUAUUACCACAUCAUCAACAACGAACUUCACGUCAAGAAACAACGUCAAGUCAACAAGAGCCAGUCAAAUUUACUGAAGGUGAUGUCAUAUACCGUGGACACGAUCCUGUUGCAAAAGUCACAGGUGAAGCGAUUUAUGAUCAUCCAGUUAAAAACGGCGAACUAAAGCUAGCCGAACUUAAACCAGGUGAUAAGUUGCAUCACAAUGGAGGUGUCAUUGCAGAAUAUGAUGGCAAAAUAUGGCACACGUUUAUUCAGCAAGGAUAAUAUAAACCUUCUUUUUUCAGUAGAAUGAAGUGAAGAGUGAGAGGAGAGUUAUACAAAGAUCGAACGCCCACGCCAUAUGAUGUUGCAUUUUAACUUUUGAGGAAAUUCAAGAGCUAAAAACCAAUGUUAAGCUUAUAUGAUAUAUAAAAUUACAUUAUUAAUAUUUCCA